AGGAGGCAGGACACUUUUAUUUCCCAGCCUGAGUCAGGACAGAAGAGAAAAGACACAGCUGAUAGAGAAUUAGAGCAGGAGUCUUUAUUGACCUCGCCCCCUCCCUCCUUCACCCUCACUGAGCCCCGGUGAUCACCAGGCAAAUCUGCCAUGUCCUAUCCUCAGGGUUACCUCUACCAGCCCCCUGGCUCCCUGGCACUCUACUCAUGUCCAGCUUAUGGGGCCUCAGCACUGGCUACCCCUAGGAGUGAUGAGCUUGCCCGUUCCUCAUCAGGCUCUGCUUUCAGCCCUUACCCUGGAUCUGCUGCCUUCAGUGCCCAAGCGGCCACAGGCUUCAGCAGUCCCCUGCAGUAUUCCAGCGACCCGGCUGGAUUCCCAUCUUACAUGGGUUCACCUUAUGAUGCACACACGACUGGCAUGACAGGAGCCAUCAGCUACCAUCCUUAUGGCAGCCCAGCUUAUCCUUAUCAAUUAAAUGAUCCAGCUUACAGGAAAAAUGCUACCAGGGAUGCUACGGCCACUUUGAAGGCCUGGUUACAAGAGCACAGAAAGAACCCUUACCCCACCAAGGGUGAGAAGAUCAUGCUUGCCAUCAUCACUAAGAUGACCCUUACCCAGGUCUCCACGUGGUUUGCCAAUGCCAGACGGAGGCUCAAGAAAGAGAACAAGAUGACCUGGGCACCGAGGAAUAAAAGUGAAGAUGAGGACGAAGAGGAUGGAGAUGGAGAAAGGGGCAAAGAAGAACAUGGAGAUAAGAUCCAGGACAGCAAUGAGACCUCUGCGGAGGAUGAAGGAAUAAGCCUGCACGUUGAUUCACUGACAGAUCAUUCCUGCUCUGCAGAAUCAGACGGAGACAAAAUGCCUUGCAGACCCAGAGAGCACCUUUGUGAAUCAGGCACGGAAUCUAAGGACAAAUACGAGGAUGAAGAUGAUGAUGAAGACAUUGAUGAAGAAGACACGGUUCUCUCCGUGAAGCCUGUGACCUCUUCACCCCUGACUGGCAUAGAGGCCCCUGUACUCAGUCAUCAACAUGAAGCAAACCCCCGAAAUUCCAAUAAAUCCACCCUGGAAAAUAGGAUAUCUCCCAGUUCUCAGACACAAGCCAGCAAACCCAAGUUAUGGUCCCUGGCAGAGAUAGCCACCUCAGAUGUUAAACACCAAAAUGUGGGCCAGAGUUUCCAGCCGUCUGCUAUGUCCUCUGCCACCUCCUCAGCUGCAUCUCACAGCAAUGCCUACGCUUCCUCUUCCAUACUGGGGAGACAUAUAUAUUACACAUCACCUUUUUAUAGCAAUUACACAAACUAUGGGAGUUUCAAUGCUCUUCAGAGCCAAGGAAUCCUAAGAUAUAACUCAACAACUUCUAAUGAAGGACUAAGUCAAACGGUAUUAAACAGUAACUCUCUACACAAACAUACCAGCGACUCUAUAAAAACAUCCAAUAGUCAGCUAGAACAACACUACAGGUCAACCAGCUAUGAAUCCAAAAAAGAUCCCACAGAACUGUGCACAGUAGGAGUACAACCAUACAUAUAGAUGUGCAAUCACACAGCAAGUAGGUGUCACAAUUGCUUUGGAAAAAAAGUCAGCAAGCCAUGAUGUCUCCCCAGCUAAUAAGUAGAACAUAUCUAAAUCCGGAUCACAGCUUGUGCCACUGUAUAAAGAAAAGCCACAGAGCACUAUUACAUCUCCAGAUUACUUUUCAAGAAUUGUCCCUGUCUACAUAUGUGAAAUCUUUGGUAUAGUAUAGUUCUCCCAAUGUAUCUUGUGACUUUAUCCAAUGAUCUGUUUUCUCAGGAUGUCCUGAUCUGAUCACUUCAUUGCCACAAUAUAUAUCCUAUACGUGUGAUAGAGUUUGUGUAAGAAUGGACAGAGUGAAGAGAAACUAUUAUUAUGUCAGGAUUAAUUGAUGAACUUGAGUACUUAAUAUGUGGGAUAAAGACAACUAAAAAAAAAAAAAAAAAAAAAAGCAAAAAGAUUUGAUAUUUAUUUUUUUAACAAUAUGAAAAAAGCUUCUAGUAAUUUAUGCAAGUUGUAUUGCAAUGAAAUUUAAGUUUUUUUGUAAAUAAAUCCU